AUGUCGAGGAUGAGGGCCAAUAAUUCAAGAUUCAGUAAUGAAAACACCAAGGCCCUCGGUGAAUUCGUCAAGACUUUAGGGGCUAUGACACAGAUGAUGAAGGAAGCUAUGCCAGCCCCAUCUACACCUGCCCCUGACUCGAAUGAUAGUAGCUUAAUACAGAAGUUUAGGAGGUUGGCUCCUCUAACCUUCUUAGAGCUAGGGGGAGUAGAAAAGGCUGAGAGAUGGAGGAGACAGGUAGAGACGAUAUUCAAAGUUUUAAACUGCAUUGUUGAGCAUAAAGUAAGGCUAGGCACUUUCAUACUUGAAGGGGACGUUGAGCACUGGUGGGGCUUAGUAGAACAAUCUUGGGAAAGGUCAGGGACAGAAAUGACCUGGGAGAAUUUCCUAGAAGCCUUCAAUAAAAAGUAUUUUCCUGAUUCAGUAAGGGAAAGAAAAGAAGUAGAGUUUAUCAAGUUGCAGCAAGGGAAUUUAACUGUAGAGCAGUAUGCAGCCAAGUUUGUUGAGUUGUCAAGUGGAUUUGGCCAUGAAGAUAGAAAGGGAAGAGGAAGAGUUCCAGGGGGAGGAAACUGGAAGAUGAGGCCAGCCCAGUUUGGAAACUCGAGGAGAAAAGCUCGACCACCGCUAAAGAGGAACUUUCGGAGAAGAGAAAAUCAAAGGGACAAGAUGAUUCAGUGGACUUUACUGGGCGAUGUAGGAGAGAAUCGGUGCCCAACAUGUCCACUUUGUAGGAAGGAUAAUCAUGUGGCGGCUGAUUACCGAAGGAAGACUAAGGCGUGCUUCGAGUGUGGCAAGCCGGACCACCAGAUUAGAGACUGCUUAGUAAGGGGACCUGAGAACCGACCAAAGACUCAAGGUCGGGUGUUUGUUCUCACUGAGCAGGAAGCUAAGGCAUCAACUUCAGUUAUCAGAGGUACGAAUCCUAGUUGA